AUGGGUGAGAAACUUAAUUGCAGUAGCGACAACAGCACCUCGGGACAGGAGCACUUUGGAACCCCGGAAUGCGCGGACACGGAAGGGUACUUUGCGCUAGUGAAAGCCGGAGUUCUGGGGACCAUUUUCGUACUCGCAACAUGUAGCAAUUUGUUUCUGUUGCAAGCUCUUUGGAGAAGGCGUAAAAGAAAUACACGAACUCAGCUCUUCCUUUUGCAUUUAUGCUUCGCGGACUUGGUGGUCGCCUUCUUCCAAGUCCUGCCGCAGCUCUCCAUGGAAAUAACGCACCGUUUUAAAGGUUCCGAUUUUGUUUGCAGAACAGUUAAGUAUCUCCAGGUCGUCGGAAUGUUUGCUUCAACAUAUAUGAUCGUGGCCAUGACCAUAGAUCGUUAUAAUGCGGUUUGUAGACCCAUGGUGUCUUUUUUUCGGGGAUCGUUUCGGAGAUAUGUUUCCAUUGCUGCGGCAUGGCUGAUCUCUCUGGCGUUCAGUGUCCCACAGCUGUUCAUCUUUUCUCUCCAAGAGGUAGAGAAGAACCUCUACGACUGUUGGGCGACUUUCAUUGAACCAUGGGGGGGCAAAAUAUACAUCACCUGGAUUACUUUGUCGGUGUUUGUUCUACCAGCCAUCAUUUUACUCUACUGUCAAAUAAAAAUAUGCACAGGAAUUUAUUUCAAUAUGAAAAGGAAGGCUCUGCAAGCAGCCACAAGCGACGGCCACUCAUGCCCGAAAGGCAUAUCAAGUGCUAUGUUAAAAACUGUCAAAAUGACAUUUAUUAUCAUCCUUGUGUACACUAUAUGCUGGACUCCGUUUUUUGUUGUUCAGCUGUGGUCUGCCUGGAGCCCAAGAAGCGCACCAUCCAAAGGUCUGGUGUUUGUCAUAAUCAUGCUUCUCGCCAGUCUAAACAGUUGCACCAACCCCUGGAUCUAUCUCUACUACAGCUGA